GUUUCAUUUCACUGUUUUUUUUAAACUGUUAAAAUACACUUUUUAAUUUAAUCGAAAAUUACAUUUUACAGAAAUAUAAAGUUCAUGCAACACUGCCCACAACAACUUACUACAACAACAACUACCUCUACUACUAAUGCGACUUUCCAGAGCACCUUAUCUUCGAAUUCCUGAAUAGAUAACUCCUUCAAAAGGACUUUAGUUAUUUGUCAAUGUAAGCGAUGAAAAACGCUACAAAAAAGAAUGAAUUGAACAACUUGAUAAUGCCUAAUAAUUAAAUCUACAUUAAUUUUUGACGCUUACAUCAGUGUGUAUUUAAACAAAAAUUAAAGCGGGUCUAACAAAAAUAAUUUUUUCUAAAAAAAUUAUGCCAUUUGUUAUAAAACAUUUAUUUUAUUCAUUUAUAUGCUUAUUUUCUCUACUAAAUGGUCAAAAUCAGAGUCAGUUCUAUUCUUUACGAUUAUUUAUUUUAAUUCCUUCUGAUGGUUGUCUAUCACCAAAUGGAUUAUUUGAUUUCACCGCCAGUAUUCAAGAUUCAAUUAGCUUAAAUACACAAACAACAGUCAAUUGGGCAUUGAACAAUAAUAGUAUUGAACAGUAUUUAAUUCCCCUGUCAGAAUGUAAAUUAACCAAUUCAACAUUUAAUACUUUAUUAACAACACAUUCUAAAGCUCAACAACUUGCUAAUACAAUAAGCUUAAAUAAUAUUUAUUACACUGUCAUUGUAGGACCUUAUAAUCUUGGUUUAUGCGAUCAAAUGAAUCAGUUAGUAUUGAUACCAUAUAUGGAUUGUAUGAAACCACGUAGUACUUAUGUUUAUCAUACAAGUUUCCAGUGUCCUCCAAGACGGAUAACUUACCAGUUGAAUUUACUGCCUAAUACGACGAUGAAUUGUUUCAAUACAACAAAUCGGAAUUAUCAUGAUUUUACAAAUAUUGCUAGUUUACAUAUCGGUGCUAGUAAAUAUCAAGUAUCGUUGGCUUUAGUAAAAAUUUUAAAACAUUUAAAUCGACUGGAUGUUUUAAUCGUUUAUCAAGACGAUGACGACAUAAACGAUCAGUCGGGAGUAUUUGCUAAUUAUCUGGCCUAUUUAAUGACCCAGGCUGGGGAUUCUAGGAUUACAAUUAGAGAAAUUCAUGGUUGGCAUGUAGGUAAAAACGUUUCAAGUGUACUACGCAUAGGAAGUGUAAAUUAUUCGGUUUGUAUUGUAAUCGCCCAACUGGCAGUCUAUUCCAAUUUUCUGACUGAUAUUUAUCAAUGGAAUCCAAGUAUACUGAAAACAAUCAUGUUUAUUGCCUAUGAUAUGACUUUAUUCUCAUAUGAUGUACUCAAAGUAUGGAGAAGUUAUGCUGCACCGAAUGAUGUCAACUCAAUAAUGAAUUCUGCAUUUGUACUCACUUCACAUCCGUAUGGAUCUAAGCUACAAUUAACUAAUGAUUAUUUAAAUCAGAAAGACUAUUUAGCAAUGAAAUUAACUUUGGGCAUGGCAAUAAGCACUUUUAAACAUCAUGUACAACAACAAUUACAGCAGACCAGUGUUGUACAAGGAAGUGAUGGAUUCUAUGCAUCAUUAAAGAACACAACACUGAGAAUUCCAGUGAGGUCAGAUUUAAGCUUGGCGGUUACAUUUAAUCAAUAUCCUGAACAAAGUCAAGCUGCUUUAGACUUCUAUCUGAUUAAUACGUAUACAUGUGAUAGUAAUAGUAUAAAUGCCACCUCUGCUACUACUAUUACAACAUGCAUUCAAGUGUAUUCGACUAUGAUAUGGCCAGAUUAUAAUGUCAGUACUACGCUUUUGAUGAGCAGUUGGCAGCUGGCUGCAAGUUUACAACAAGGUUCAAAUAUUACGAAUGUGUACCAAAUAAUGGGAUCGUAA